CACGGCCGUUGCCUCCAAAUGCAUUGCUUUUGUGGUCAGAGAUACAGUUUAUGGAUAAUCAUGCCUAAUAUUCACCUUGACAAGAUUAGUAGUAUUAUGUUUGUAAAUAAAACAAUGAAAAUUAUGGCUGUGAUUCCAUAUCAACUAUAUUUGUGGCGCUUUCGGCGUGCAUAUCCUGUCAACUGGGUCACUAUCCAAACUGGCUAUUCUUUCAGUGCUUUUGUGCCAUUGCGUUGUUUUAUUGCGCACACUGGCAGACGUAUGUGUCUGGAACGAUGCGCUUCGGCCGCAUCGAUGUAACUGAGGCUCAAUUCUCCAUCAUUGCUAUACAUUUGGUUUCGGCCGUGCUGGGGCCCGAGAUUUGGCUGACGAAGAUGCCAAUCGUGGGAGUUUCAUGGAAUUAUACAAUAUUAGUAUUUAUCACUUUCGGUUAUACGUUGAAUAUAAUCAAUUUUCUAAAAAUGUUUAUUGAAGGCGGCAGUGGCAAAAACGGCUCAUCAGUUGCUAUGCCUUAUCUUGAGUGUGAAACACGCUGCUUGCCGUUUUAUAUGGCCAGUGGAGUUGACUUCAGUUUAGCAUUACGUUACUCAAAAUCCAUUUUAAACGAGGGCUGUGGGAAGAAUGGAUCAUCUGUUGCAGGAACCAGUGUUCUAUCGCCUAGUAUACCGCUGACACUUGUAGUGCUGCCCGCGCUGAUGAUAGCGCAAAAGUCGCCGGAAAAUAUUUUUACGGAGCACGCUUCAGUUUUUAUUCUGGCUUUUGGCAUGGUGGCUGCCAAAAUUACCAACAAGCUGGUGAUAGCGCACAUGACCAAAGCGGAGAUGGAGUAUCUGGACUGGUCGCUGCUGGGUCCUGCUUUAUUGUUCCUGAAUCAGUACUUUAACUGUAUUGUACCAGAGAUUUGGCUGCUUUGGUUUACGCUAGCCUGGGGCACACAGGAUCUUCUGCGCUACUGUGCGCAGGUUUGUCUAGAAAUUUGCCAGCAUCUGCGCAUCGAUCUAUUCAGAAUACCGUAUGGCCCUAAGGUGUUAAACACCUCUUCGGUGGGCAGCCAGAGCAACGUUGGAGCUGAUAAAAAUGGUGGCACAUCACAUAGAAAGUCAAAAAGCAAAGCGCACUAAAUCAAUGUUCGCUCCUGUUUCAUUAAAAUUCACAUAUUUUUCAAAUAUUUACGGUAUUAGCGCAAGCUAAACAAAUUUUAAACUCAACCCAACUAAAUUUACCGUCGAAAUGUUAAAGCAUAACAAAUUAUAGCAUAAUUAAUUUAUAAAUGUUGUAACAAAAAAAAAGCUGCAGGCAGACCUAUAUCAAUUAUAU